AUGACUUUUGGAUGUCUAGUUUCAAAAUUGUUUGAUGUUUGUCCACGUAGUACAGUGGAAGAAAUGGAACAACAGGAAGAGGUACGCGUUGCCUGGGGUACUGGAAUAGCAGGUCAUGUGGCAGAAAGUGGAGAGCCAGUAAACAUACCAGACGCCUAUCAGGAUAAACGUUUCAAUUGUGAAAUUGACACAUUGACUGGCUAUCGAACAAAAGCGUUAUUGUGCAUGCCCAUUAAGGACUCCUCAGGCGAUGUAAUUGGUGUGGCACAAGUCAUUAAUAAAUUAAAUGGUGAAUGUUUCUCUGAAACAGAUGAAAAGGUGUGCAAAUAUUAA